AUGGCGAAUAAGAGUAGCAUCCUAUUCAUCGGAGGAACAGGUUACAUAGGAAAGUAUAUAGUGGAAGCGAGCGCGAGAUCUGGACAUCCAACCCUUGUUCUCGUUCGAAACUCCACGUUCACUAGCCCCUCACGAUCCACCACCAUCGACAAUUUCAAGAAUCUCGGCGUUCGCUUUCUACUCGGAGAUCUUAACGAUCAUACGAGUCUCGUGAAUUCGAUCAAGCAAGCUGAUGUGGUGAUAUCCACCGUUGGACACACUCUCUUGGGUCAGCAAGACAAGAUCCUCUCUGCCAUUAAAGAAGCUGGUAACGUUAAGAGAUUCUUUCCCUCGGAGUUUGGAAAUGAUGUAGACCGUGCUGAGAGUGUUGAACCUGCAAAAUCAACCUAUACUACUAAGGCAAUGUUCCGCAGGAGAAUUGAGGCAGAAGGGAUACCAUACACUAUUGUCUCUUGCAACUUCUUUGCUGGCUACUUCCUCCCUACUUUGGCGCAGCCUGGUGCUACUUCUCCUCCACGGGAUAAAGUCAUCAUUAUGGGUGAUGGAACCCCCAAAGCUGUGUUCAACAAGGAAGAAGACAUAGGGACUUACACAAUCAAGGCCGUAGAUGAUCCAAGAACCUUAAACAAGAUCUUAUACGUCAGGCCACCCAUGAACACUUACUCAUUCAACGAUCUUGUCUCUCUUUGGGAGAAGAAGAUUGGGAAAACACUCGAAAGAAUCCACGUUCCAGAUGAACAAAUCCUCAAACAGAUAACAGAAGCUUCGCCUCCACUGAACGUGUUGCUAUCACUUUGUCAUUGCGUAUUCGUGAAAGGAGGACAAACAAACUUUGAAAUAGAACCUUCCUUUGGUGUAGAAGCUUCUGAGCUUUACCCUGAUGUCAAAUACACCACUGUUGAUGAAAUCCUCGACAACUACGUCUAA